AUGUCGACCACCGAACAAGGCCUCCAACGCGCCUUCAAAAUCGUCAGCGAAGCCCAAAACGACCUCAUCAAAUCCACGCCCCAACUCGACUUCGCCAUCUCCAACUCCAAAGCCCACGGCCUCCCCUCCAUCGCCAUCGCCCCCGCCCAGGGCGUCUCCCUCUCCAUCCUCUGCCAGCUCGUCCAGGCCAAGAACGUCCUCGAGAUCGGCACGCUGGGCGGGUACUCGACGCUUUUCUUCGCCAACUCAGUCCCCGGGGUGAAGGUCACUUCGAUUGAGUACAACCCGAAACAUCACCAGGUCGCUUCGGAGAAUACCAAGGAUGCGAAGAAUGUUGAGAUUAUCCUUGGAGCUGCACUGGAUGUCCUACCCAAGCUGGCGGCGGAAGGUCGCAAGUUUGACUUCGUCUUCAUCGAUGCGGAUUGGGAUGAGCAGAGGGAGUACUUCGAUUGGGCCGUCAAGUUGACUAACAAGGGCAAGGCAAUCUAUGUCGAUAACGUGGUGCGGCAAUUGACCGAAGCCGAGGCGGAUGGGAGUGACAAGGGGAGGGCGUUGAUUGAUCAUGUGAGGCAGGACGAUAGGGUGGAAGCGACGUUGAUCCCUACGUUGAGCACGCACAAGGUAAAGACUUCGGAGUUGGUGGAUGGGUAUUUGUUGGCGGUGGUGAAGUAG